AUGUACAUUCAUGGGAAAGCGCUUGUUAAGGAAAAAAUUGCAAGAAAUGCAUUGAUUUUAACUGCAGCCAUUGGUUCAAAUUGCAGUUUUGAAGCGAAUAUAAUCAUCAUCCUGGCAAUCCUCCUCUACGUUCGAAUAUGCAUGCUAGGGUUGUACUCACUUAUUCGAUUCACUCUAUGGUGGGUUCAGCGGCUCUUGUUUGAGACUACGGAGGCAACGGUGGCGCAGUUGGCGACGACGGGAUUGAAGAAGAGCGACUUGAAGCAGAUCCAGGUGGCAAUCUAUGGCUCCAGCACAAACAUAUCGACGACUGAAUGCCCGAUUUGCCUUGUCGAGUUCUUCGGAGGAGAAAAGGUUCGGCUACUACCUACCUGUAACCAUGGGUUCCAUGUUCGUUGCAUCGACAAAUGGCUUUCAUCGCACUCCUCCUGCCCGACUUGCCGUCAUUCGCUCCUUGAUUUGUAUAUUGCCGCCGUCUACAUUGAUGUUGGGGAACGACCUCCCAAGGUGCAUGGCAGCCCACCAGCGGCAGCGGAAGUGGCUGGAUGA